AUGCCGUACAACGACAUCCCCGCGAGUCUGCAUGCUCGUGUAAUACUGAAGGAUUCAUCGAGUUGGGAGCUAUGGCUCUUCGCUAUGAAAGCGAUUGCCACGUCACAUGGCGUCUGGGAUUUGUGUAAUCCCGAAAAGGAGACCCAACCCGAUCUCCCCGAACCACCGAUUGAACCAACAACAGAGUGGUUAAUGAAGACAUAUCCGGAAACGUGGGAGAAAAUGGUCACCACGAAGAACGCGGAUUAUGAUCGACAGAAGGCGACCUAUGAUAAAAAGAUCGCCGGGGUUCAUCAAAUGGAGUGGGAAAUUCGAAAUUCUCUACACUCAAAGUAUCAGGUCUUCAUAGACCAGGAUACGGCAUGGGGUUUGAUGCGUAAUCUGCGUCAGCGACUAGCACCGGAGUGCGACCCUACGUACAAAGCGAGCCUCCGAUCACAGUGGAGGAACCUGGAUCGAGGUCUGGACAAAGGCACAGACAUCGAAGAGUGGCUGAACAAUUGGCAGUCGCUGCAGAGGAGAUGCGCGAAAGCAGGGAUCACCGAAGCCAAAGAGGCUCAGAUCCAAUUCCUUGAGGCUGUCUCAGUGAUGUCGCCCGAUUUCCAUGCUGUGUGGAUAGAUUCAGUGGAGAAAAACUCUGCUGACGCAACGAAAUCCUCAGCGCAACGUGAUGCGGACUUCAACAAUCUGAUCCGCAGAUACAAGGCACACUGGGACAUCACCCAUGGAAAGUCGAACCUGCAAAAAGGGGUAUCCAAAGCCGUGUUCUCAACAUGGCAAGGCCACCAAGAGGCUAACCAUGGAACUGCGACGCCUAACAAGUCAGCUAGCAAAGCGCCCACAAAGAAACCUUCGUUUUGCGUUCGGGGCUGGGACGCUGUCUGGUUUGUCCUCUGGGUAUGGAACCCAGCAUUUCCAUGGAAAAUGUUUCCUUUGGGUGCCGCAGGGACAAUGUCGAGUUUCGACCGGUUUCUUUGUGGGCGCUUUGCUAGCUGA